GGAAGGUUUAUAAGCAAACUGCAGAGUUACUAGAAGUAGGGGACAAAAUCGAAUCACGUCAAAGUGAUGUACAUUAUUUAUACAUGUUAGUGAAAACAUUAAAAAACCUCUGCACCUGGUUAAACUUAAGCACAGAAGGGAAAAAGGCCAACCUGAUAGAACAUCUCAAGUGUUUUGAUAAUUUGACUCAAUCACCUUUGGACCUUUUGAGUGGGAGUGAAGAAAAUAUAAAAAGUGAGAUAUUUGUUGAAAACAAAAAGAUAGAAAAAGAGUCUAAGGAUGUGACAGAAAUAAAGGCAUUGUUAAGAGAGAUAAAAUAUUUAAGAAUAUUAAUAUUAUUUUAG